AUCCAUAUAAAUCCAUUUGUUAAUACUUCUACAUAUGCACAUCGAAUAAUCGUAAAGAAGACUCAAACACAAGAUGAUCACGAGAAACCUGUUCCGAAAUGUUUUGUGCUUUCGACGCACUCUAUUACAGAUAAAAUAUUACAGUACCAGCUCAAGUGAGCCGCAAUUCAUGGGAAUCAAUAAUACCUUCACCAAUAGUAUUCAAUUCGUCAAUGAAGAAAAUUAUGAUCCUAUUCCGAUAUAUAGGAUUUUGGAAGCUUCACAGAAGACUAAAUUACCUGAAGACGAAACGUUAAAUGAAGUAUAUCUGAAAAAAAUGUAUUGCGAUAUGGUGACCAUAAGCAUUAUGGAUAAGAUAAUGUACGGAUUGCAUAGACAAGGUCGCAUAUCGUUUUACAUGACCAAUACAGGCGAAGAGGCUGUGCAGAUCGGCUCGGCCGCUGCUUUAACUCUAGAAGAUACGAUUUACGCACAGUAUCGUGAGGCUGGCGUGUUGCUGCAUCGCGGGCAACCUUUAGCGAAGUUUAUGAAUCAAUGUUACGGCAACUGCGAGGAUGACAGCAAAGGCAGGCAGAUGCCGGUGCACUAUGGUUCUAAAAAAUUGAAUUUUAUGACUAUUUCAUCUCCAUUAACAACGCAACUUCCACAAGCUGUGGGAGCUGCCUAUGCCUUUAAAUUGAACAAAAAAGACGCAUGUGUAGCUUGUUACUUUGGCGAAGGUGCCGCGAGUGAGGGCGAUGCCCAUGCGGCGUUCAACUUUGCUGCUACUUUAUCAUGUCCUGUUAUUUUCCUCUGUCGAAAUAAUGGAUAUGCUAUCUCUACGCCAGUCUUAGAACAACUUAAGGGAGAUGGUAUCGCGGCCAAGGGCCCGGCUUAUGGAAUUAACACGAUCCGAGUAGAUGGCAAUGAUGUACUCGCAAUGUACUAUGCUACAAAAAGUGCUAGAAAGUUCUGUAUAACGCAAAAGAAACCCGUUUUAAUAGAAACUAUGACUUAUAGAAUCGGACAUCAUAGCACAUCAGAUGACUCCACGGCUUAUCGAUCACUCGACGAGAUUUCUGAAUGGGAGACCCAUUCGCCACUUGUUAGGUUUCGUCUAUAUUUAGAGUCACUUGGAUUAUGGUGUCAAAAGAGAGAGGAAGAAUUAAUAGAUUCUAUUAAAAAAGAAAUUUUUCAUGCCUUUGGAGAAGCAGAACGCAAAUCUAAGCCACAUUGGAGAAAUCUGUUUACGGAUGUGUACAAAGAAAUCCCUGAUCAUAUUAGAAAACAAAUGAAUCUAAUGGAGAAACAUCUCGAAGAAUUCAAAGAACAUUAUCCAUUAAGUUCUUUCACACACACAAAGUAAGAAAAAAAUAUAUUAUGUAAAUGUGAAUUUUAUAUUCUUUUAUUUUAAUAAUAUA